UUCUUGGGGCUUCUCCGGGGGUUGUGCUCUUCCGCACUCGGAUCGCUUCUUAGGAAUAUCCUAACUGCCGGUGGGAAGAACUUCGCCCUAAACCUGGGAUUCCGAUCCAGGAACUGGAAGUUGACAGCUUGGCUGCCUGGCUCCUGCAUCUGCCUUUUCCACUCACCAUCUCAUUUCUUUCUCCAGGAUUGUCAGUGGCUUCGCUCCGAGGAGAGCUGACUGCCCUGGGCUGCUGCCUCCGGCAGAGCUGAGCCAAAAUGUCCCCGGAAUCUAAAAAGCUUUUCAACAUCAUUAUUUUAGGAGUUGCCUUUAUGUUUAUGUUCACUGCCUUUCAAACUUGUGGAAAUGUGGCGCAAACUGUCAUCAGGAGCUUAAAUAGCACAGAUUUUCACGGCAGUGGAUAUACCAGCAUGGCUAUUAUCUAUGGAGUGUUCUCUGCUUCAAAUUUGAUUACACCAUCAGUGGUUGCCAUUGUAGGACCUCAACUCUCUAUGUUUGCCAGUGGUUUAUUUUACAGCAUGUACAUUGCCGUUUUUAUCCAGCCUUUCCCAUGGUCCUUCUACACAGCCUCUGUUUUCAUUGGAAUUGCUGCUGCUGUGCUUUGGACAGCACAAGGAAACUGCCUGACAAUAAAUUCGGAUGAGCACACCAUUGGGAGAAACAGUGGAAUUUUCUGGGCACUUCUGCAGUCUAGCUUGUUCUUUGGAAAUCUCUACAUAUAUUUUGCCUGGCAAGGGAAAACUCAGAUAUCAGAGAGUGACCGAAGAACAGUGUUUAUUGCCCUAACGGUGAUUAGCCUUGUGGGGACAGUUCUGUUCUUUCUCAUUCGGAAACCAGAUUCUGAAAAUGUCCUAGGAGAAGAUGAGUCUUCUGAUGACCAGGACAUGGAAGUCAACGAGUCUGCCCAGAACAAUCUGACAAAGGCAGUAGAUGCUUUUAAAAAGUCUUUUAAGUUAUGUGUCACCAAGGAGAUGCUCCUUCUUAGUAUUACAACUGCUUAUACAGGUCUGGAAUUAACUUUCUUCUCUGGUGUAUAUGGAACCUGUAUUGGUGCUAUAAAUAAAUUUGGAGCAGAAGAGAAAAGCCUUAUUGGACUUUCUGGCAUUUUCAUCGGCAUUGGAGAAAUUUUAGGUGGAAGCCUCUUCGGCCUGCUGAGCAAGAACAAUCGUUUUGGUAGAAAUCCAGUUGUGCUGUUGGGCAUCCUGGUGCACUUCAUAGCUUUUUAUCUAAUAUUUCUCAACAUGCCUGGAGACGCUCCGAUUGCUCCUGUUAAAGGAACUGACAGCAGUGCUUACAUCAAAUCCAGCAAAGAAGUUGCCAUUCUCUGCAGUUUUCUGUUGGGCCUUGGAGACAGCUGCUUUAAUACCCAGCUGCUUAGUAUCUUGGGCUUUCUGUAUUCUGAAGACAGCGCCCCAGCAUUUGCCAUCUUCAAGUUUGUUCAGUCUAUUUGCGCAGCCGUGGCAUUUUUCUACAGCAACUACCUUCUCCUUCACUGGCAACUCCUGGUCAUGGUGAUAUUUGGGUUUUUUGGAACAAUUUCUUUCUUCACUGUGGAAUGGGAAGCUGCCGCCUUUGUGGCCCGCGGCUCUGACUACCGAAGUAUCUGAUCUGGUGUCCGUGAGGGGACACGUAUGACCUCAGAAACACAGCUGGACACAGAGUUUGGUGGAAGAAGUCGCCUUUGAUCUUCACUAUAUAUUGGGUGUUCAGUAUGGAAAAUGAAGAGAUUAAGACUGUUAAAUCAGCCAGAGUUGGUGUUCAAGUUUACAGAUAUGAGUAUAUUUAAAGCAAGUGGAAUAAGGGAAAGCUGUUCUGUCAACUGUAAUUGUUCAAAGAUGUUGUUUUUCAUUUCAUCUAUCUCAAUUCUUAUAAUCAUGUUAUAGAAUGUAAAUGUUUUCUUCUCCCUCCUGCUCUUGUUGGAAGAUCCUGCCUUGAUUUAGAAUACUGGGCCAUAUGUCAUAUAAAUAUUUUUUCUGGAUAUGGAGUAUGUUUUGCUAUAUAAUAAUGGGAAGCAUAUGCCAUUCCCCAUAUGUGUUGGAGAAUGACAUUUAAAUAAAUAGCAAAGCUGGG